CAGCUCAACAACAUUAACUAUAACAUCGAACGUCUUUUAGAUAGACGGGAGUAGCACAUACGUAAAAAACAAUAAUGCUUUAAUUAAUGAAGUGUUAUUUUGCAGGUGCAACAUUGGACAUUCGGUAACAAAGAUGAACUUCAAAGUUUUAUUUCAUCUUAUAUCAAGGAGGUUAUACAGAUUAGAACUUGCCAGCAAUUAGAAAAUAGUUGCCGCGUCUCUCUCUCUCUCUCUCUCUCUCUCUCUCGCUCUCUCUCUCUCUCUCUCUCUCUCUCUCUCUCUCUCUCUCUCUCUCUCUCUCUCUCUCUCUCUCUCUCUCUCACCUUUAUAGCAGUUUCACUGAUAUAUCCAGGCAGGUCAUUUGAUAGCGUGCUUAAAGGAUCCUUGCUUCUAGUAUGUAAGUACUUACCAUGGUUAUUGUACAAAGUAACAAUGACAUAUAGCAUAUGGCUGAAUGGUAAAAGUAGCCUUUGAUAAGACCUUUUGAGAUGACCGGGAUAAAACAAUGCCGCAGUGUCGCACCCACUAAUUGUUCACCCCACUCAAAUAUAACUUCUGUGGAUAGCCUCGGUAUAACAUAUAUCAUGUUGAGCCCGCCGUAACAAAUAUGUACUUUAUAUUUCAGUUUGAGUCAUCUGAGGGCCACGCCUACAUUUUGCUGUUGUACAGUCUUGUGCUGACACGAGGAAUCAAUAGGGUCUCUGAUGACCUCGGUGAGGCACAGCCGUCACUGCUGACCUCCGGUGGACUGGUGAGCCACAGCCUCACCAGUCUGGUUCUGACCGGCCAGGCGUCACCUCACCUGCACAACGGCAUCGUAUGGCGGCAGCUCGAGGCAGGAGCCAAGGUGGCCCUGCACGGCGUGCCGGAGCGCAGUGACGUGGGCUUCCUGCUGUGGGAGGAAGCGGCUGCCGACCUGCUGAGGACAGAGGUCGGCUCCCGGCUGAAGACGCCGCUGCUGCCCAUCUGGCUGACCUGCUGCCACGGACAGUACGGCGUCAUCUUCCACCUGAACAGAGAGCUGACCAGGGACUACAGGGCGGAGCAUAGAUUCGACCUGCACUACUACACCGGUGACGAGGCGCACCUGGAGCGUCCCACGCUGAUCGCCGUGGAUACCAAGUCCCGUCCUCUACCCGGCCCCCGGAGAGAGGAUGGGGAGGAGGAGGAGCAGCUACCGCCUCUCAACGAGCUCAUACUCUCCAAGUGGCCAGAGGCCUCCAUCGACUGGAGAGGCACCGAGCCAUAUCUGUAGAAUGCGCGUCGGGCUCACACGCCGAGACCGUGUGCCGUGGUGGGCACUGGGUGGACCUCCGGCUGAUACAGCGAAACAGGCCGCCCCUCGCAGCGAGCUUUCUGAUAAUGACUUUGGUGUAAAUGUGAUGUGAAGGACUUGACGGGUCCGAUUUCCGCUGGACGGAUUUGUAAAAUAUUUUCCCGGCAUGGUCCCGGCAUUGAAUAUUGUCCCGGUGUUUGUCACCUACAUUUAGCGAGCGUCGCUAUCAACCGUUUACGGGCACCUAUGGAAGAAGACAAUAGCCGUUUUCACGACGGGCUAUCCGGCGAGUGCACCUGAUUUGACCAAAUCUGCACCUAAUUUCUUUUACAGCAAAUAUCUUUAUUUUAUAAAUUUAUUUCAGUGUUUUAAUCGAUGAUACUCUCUGAUAAUAUGAUAAAGCAGGCAUAUAGCAAAUAGUGCAACCCUAGCUGAUAGCUACUAAGAGACACACUGAACCUGAUUUGACCAAAUCUGCACCUGUCUUUACCAGAUGUGCACCAAAUGUGUACCAAAUGGCCGUCGUGAAAACGGCUAAUGUGUCAGUUGUCACCUUAAUGCUUUUCUUUCAUGACACUAUUGUACAAUUAUAUUUCAUUCAUUUCAUUCAUUUCAUUCAUUUCAUUCAUUUCAUUCAUUUCAUUGCAUCAAUGCAUUCAUUCAUUUCAUUCAUUUCAUUCAUUUCAUUCAUUUCAUUCAUUUCAUUCAUUUCAUUCAUUUCAUUCAUUUCAUUCAUUUCAUUCAUUUCAUUGCAUCAAUGCAUUCAUUCAUUUCAUUCAUUUCAUUCAUUUCAUUCAUUUCAUUCAUUUCAUUGCAUUUGGUUAGUGAUAAGACUGAAUGUCAGUUGUCUAGCCUCCAUAAACGGACUGACUCGGCUCUAGCAGCGCUUAUCGUAAUGUGCUUAUAUUGCUGCCGUUGUACUUCAGUUGUGCGGUAGAUGUAGAGCAAACUAGUGUCAUUUAGUUCGUACAUACGGGCCCCUAAAUAUCCGACAGAGAAUCGCUGAAACUUUCCCUGGCGUUAUGGGAAGUUGGAGAAGUUAUAAUGGCGUGUUGUACAUACAUGGGCAGUUUGUAUGUAUGUUUGUAUUUACCCAUCUCCUGCAUUUGUUUUUGUAUUUUGCUGAUGCGUUACUGUCAUCUGCCAUUUUCAAACCAUAACUUUUGACUUGUGGGCAUUACAAGCUGCUUAUGAUAAAAGAAAUCGAGCAGUUAACUUAUUGGGUAAUAUUUAUAUUAGUGGCAAAAUGAGAAACCUAAGCACUUGUAUGUAGGCAGAAACGUUCAAGAGACGAUGCUUUUAUAAUGAACAUUUGCCGCAAGGAACUGAACACAAAUAGCCUGUGUAGACAAUUAUAGUGACAUAUUGCUACUGUGGCAAAGCUAAAAGAUUCGGCAUGUGCGGUCGUUGUAAAUGUGAUACAUGUAUUUAGAACAAUAUACAGCAAAUGCAAAAA